AGGGCCGAGCGCGCAAACCCUAGAUCCAGAGCCGCGGACAAGACACACACCGCCUCAUCUCUCGAGCCUUGGGAAGUUUGUGCCCGUGGCCACCGCCGGCCAUCCACCUCGCAAGUCGGCCCUCGCCAGGACUCCGCCGUACUUUCCCGAGGUUGAGGCCCGCCGGCCGCCGCGGCCUCGCCCCCACACCUGCCGGCGCCCCACCACCGCAGGCCGUUUCCUGGAAACAGAAGCUCAUGGGGACGGGACAAAUUGUGGGUGUUCUUCAGAUAGGUGGCGAAUUCACCACAGAUGCUGAUGGGCUUAUGUCCUAUUCUGGUGGAGAGGCACAUGCAAUGCUUAUCAAAAGUGACUGGACUUUCAGUGCAUUUAAGCAUGAGAUAUCUUCAACGCUUAAUAAUCUCAAGGUCGACCAGUUCUUGUUCAAGUAUUUCCUCCCAAAGAAUAAUAGGACCUUGAUUUCUAUUUCCAAUGACAAGGACCUACGUCGCAUGGUUGAAUUCCAUGCAGAGUCGGAGACGACAUACAUUUAUGUCAUAAAGAAGGUCGACAACAGUGCAAAGAGCGUUGUUGCUGACUCGGCCACUCCUACACAUGCAAUUGCCGUUGUCCCAACGACUCCGGAUGGGUCUAAGAGACAAAAGGUGUGCGCAGAGUGGAAGGAUGUGAUCACUGGAGUCGGCCAAGUAUUUGAAAGCCCCAAGGAUUUCCGUGAUGCCUUGCAUAAGUAUGCCAUUGCACAUAGGUUCCAUUACAGAUUUAUCAAGAAUGACUCAACUCGUGUUACUGCAGAAUGUACUGGUGAAGAUUGCCCAUGGCGGAUACAUGCUUCCAAGUCUCCUGCCAAUAUAGAUUUCAUGAUCAAGAAAAUAUCUGAAACCCACACCUGUGAAUCUGAAACUGUGAAAAGUCAUCGUUUGGCGUCACAACGAUGGGUUGCUAGUGUUAUAAAGGAAAAGUUACGUGAUAGCCCACACUACAGGCCAAGAGACAUUGCAAAUGAUCUCCAACAGGAGUAUGGAUUGUGCCUAAAUUACUCGCAGGCUUGGCGUGGAAGAUCAAUUGCUCAGAAAGAACUUUAUAGUGCACAUGAUGAGGCAUGCAUCCAGCUACCAUUGUUUUGUGAAAGUAUUAAGGAAACAAACCCUGGAAGUGUGGCAACAGUGGUAACUAUGGAAGAUUCAAAAUUCUGUUUCUUUGUUGCUUUCCAUGCAUCGCUUUAUGGUUUUGAGCAUGGGUGCAGGCCACUCCUUUUCCUUGAUGCAGUAUCUGCAAAAUCGAAUAAGCAAUGGAAGUUACUGACUGCUACUUCAGUUGAUGGACAAGGGGAUGUGUUCCCAGUUGCAUUCACUGUAGUGGACAACGAGAGCCGUGAAAAUUGGCAUUGGUUUCUUGAGCAACUAAAAUAUUCACUGUCGGCAUCUCAUGACAUAACAUUCAUAUCUAAUGGAGAAAAUGGAUUAUGGGAUGAAGUACCAUUGGUGUUCCCUGACAGUCAUCAUGGAUAUUGCAUGGACUUCCUUAUUGGAGCAUUUAAGAGGCAAUUGGACGAUGCGUGGACUGAAGAAGUAAGAGAUGCUAUGGUUGAGCUUCUUAAGAGGGCCAUAUUUUCAUGCACAGUUGAUGAGUUCAAUCUGUGUAUGGAGCAAAUUAAAAGUGAAUCUGAUAAGCUUGCUGAAUGGCUUUUGGAGAUCAAACCUGAGCGGUGGUCAGAUGCCUUUUUCAUGGGGUCGCGGUAUGGUCAGUAUUCAUGCAAUAUUUCCAGCACUGUUCUUGACUGGAUCCCCCCAAGACAUGAGCUUCCCGUUGUGCAGUUGGUUGACACAAUAAGAUGCAAGCUCAUGGAUAUGAUGUACACACGCAGAGAGUCUGCUAAUGAAUGGCCUGAUGGAUUAACGCCUGUAGCUAACCAGAAAUUGCAGGAAGAAGUGAGCAAAGCUCACUCACUGAAUGUUAUGCCCACAGAAAGUGAUGGCGAUGGUAAUUUGUUCAAGGUAUGCGAUGACUCAGUUAAUGUUGUCAACAUUGAGAAGUUUGACUGCACCUGCCGAAAGUGGAAUGUUUCUGGGUUGCCAUGCAUGCAUGCAAUUGCAGUAUUUGAGCACACUGGGCAAUAUGCAUAUGACUACUGUGUACAGUAUUUCACGACGAAAUGUUACCGCUCGACCUAUUCAAUGUCCAUAAAUCCGAUACCUGAUGUUAUUCUGGGUCCUACUACAUCAACGGACAAUUGUCAGAGUCUAGCGACAUUCCCGUUCCCAAUUCGAACUCGUCGACGGGUUGGCAGGCCGAAAGAGAAACCAGCUGAUCCGCGCAUCACAAUUAAAAGGGCAGUGCGCUGCAGCAGAUGUAAAGGUUAUGGUCACAACAAAGCAACUUGCAAAAUUCCUAUCAGCGGCGAAGCCUUGCCUGCCUUGCCUGCCUUGCCACCAGCUGAGCUCUCCGAUGUACACAAUUAAGGUGGAGAAUUACUCUUGAUGUUCCCUGUAAGCAAAUGCUUCUAUUUCUUUCUUUGGGAACCUGUGACAUGGUAGUUGCUUCUAGCCAAGUUGCUCUGUAUUCACUGUUUUGCUUAGGCUAGCGACAUUUGUUUAGUAAAUUAAACAUUGUGAUGUUCACCAUUGCAGAAACUGGGGAAAUUCUGCCAUGUUCCGAUGCCCAGUCUAUGUGUUGUUGUAUUUAUCUUUCCUCCUGCCGUGGGUCUGUCUUACCAUUUCAAGCAAGGCAAGAAAUGCGUCAUAACUCAUAACUUCAGGUUGAAUUUUUGGUGCAUUUGAAUUGCAGUUGAUAAUGCUCGGGCAUUUAUAUUGUGCCGGAAGAAAUUUCUUAGUUAUUAUGCCUGAAGCAAUUUCUUGUUUCUUGUGCAACAUGGGCCAUAUUUUAGGGUAGUCUAUUUGCCAUCUUUAUAUAUUUUAGCAUCGUAUUGAGCCAGUAAAUAUAUAUGCUGUUUUAACGCAUUUGAAUUUAUGGACUGGAAGUCAGAGGUUAUUAAUUUGCUGCUUGUAAGCGGAAGAGCAUUCAUUGCAGCGUUUGAACUGUUUUGGUCAA